AUGAGGGCCAUGACUACUUUAUUCCAUGAUAUGAUUCAUAAGGAGAUUGAAGUCUACGUGGACGAUGUCAUUAUCAAAUCCCGAAGGAGUUCAGAACAUUUUCCUGACCUAAGGAAAUUCUUUGAACGAUUGCAGAGGUACAACUUGAAGUUGAAUCCAGCAAAAUGUACGUUUGGAGUUCCUGCUGGAAAAUUAUUGGGAUUCAUUGUUAGCAGAAAAGGGGAAGAUAUUUCAGAGCCUUAUUCAGGAUGGAGGAUGUUCUUUGAUGAAGCGUCAAAUUUCAAAGGAGUCGGAAUAGGAGCAGUUUUGGUUUCCGAGACAGGUCAGCACUACCCUAUCUCGGCAAAGAUCAGAUUUCCCUGCACGAACAAUAUGGCAGAAUACGAAGCUUGCGUCCUCGGGCUUAGGAUGGCAGUUUAUAUGAACAUCAAAGAACUUUUGGUAAUAGGCGAUUCUGACCUAUUGGUCCAUCAGGUACUAGGAAAAUGGACCACUAAGAAUGUCGAAAUUCUUCCAUACUUACAUUGCGUGAAGGAAUUGUGCAAGCAGUUCAGAGAGAUUGAUUUCAAGCAUGUGCCUCGAAUCCAAAAUGAGUUUGUUGAUGCCUUUGCGACAUUGUCAUCAAUGAUCCAACAUCUUGACAAGAAUUACAUCGACCCUAUCAAGGUAGAAAUACACGAUCAGCAAGCAUAUUGUUUUCAUGUCGAUGAGGAAUUGGAUGGCCAGCCAUGGUACUACGACAUUAAAAAGUUGCUCGAGACGAGAGAAUAUCCGAAAAAUGCAACUAACAAACAGAAGCGGACCUUGAGGAGAAUGGCAAAUCACUUCUUCCUUAACGGAGAAAUCCUAUAUAGGAGGACUUUAGAUCUGGGAUUGCUAAGAUGUGUGGAUGCCACAGAGGCGACGAGGUUGUUAGAAGAAGUUCACGGAGAUUUCAUUCAAGUUCCCCCAAAUGAGCUUAAUGUAAUGGGCUCCCCUUGGCCGUUCGUCGCUUGGGGCUUUGAUGUGAUUGGACCUAUCGAACCCCCUGCAUCAAAUGGGCAUCGCUUCAUCUUAGUGGCCAUCGAUUAUUUCACUAAAUGGGUCGAAGAUUCAACGUACAAGGCAGUAACAAAGAAGGUGGUAGCAGAUUUUGUUUGCAACAAUAUAGUUUGCCGAUUUGGGAUUCCAGAAUCAAUUAUCACAGAUAAUGCAGCCAAUCUUAACAGCGAUCUUAUGAGAGAGACUUGUGAAAAGAUUAAGAUUGCCUACUGA